AUGUAUUCACUAUAGAAAUUAGUGCCAAAUAGUAAAUUACAAAUUAAACCAGGGGCAUUCUCUUAAUAUCAAAAAUUAAAUUAAAGUGUUGAUGGGGCUUUGCCUGUAAAUUAAUAAUCCUUAUAACAACUUCAAACUUAGAUUCAGAUUUUGACAAAAAAAGAGCCUAUUCGUUAAUAAAAUAAGAAAUAAGAGUUACUAUAGAUUUUAGAGAAUGCCUAAGCUAACUCAAAAUAAACCAAAUCUAUGUCACCUAAAAGAACACCAUAGAAAUAAAAAAGUAACAGAAAAUUGAAUUUCAAUUAAAUUACAGAUUAGGAUAACCUAUUUUUGAAUUCCAGUAAUGCUAUGGCCAAUAUGAUUAUUGAAAAUAUCCUAAAUAAAGAUGAAUAUUAUGAGAAAAUUAAACAAGAAAAUUAAGAACUUAAAGAUUAAUCAUCUAAAUUUCUAUCCACAAUAGGCGAUUUCAAAAAGAAAAUUACAACAUUAGAACGUCAGAACAAAGAAAUUAAUACAAACUUAAUUAAUGAACGCUAAACGUAUUAAAAUGAACUAAUUAAAAUAAAUGAAAAAAUCCAAUCCAUGAAAACCAUGUAAUAAAACUUAUAAAUGGAAUAAAAAAAAAAUGAAUUAUUAACUAAACAACUUUAAGAUCAAAUUACUAUUAAUAUUGGCUUAAAAACAUUUAUCUGUGAGAAUUGUUUGUUAAGUAUUGAAUUCUUGACAUUCUUCUAAAAUUCAGUAUAAACUUUUUAACCACAUCUAAGUAAUGCAUAUGAUAUUUUGUUAUCAUUAUCAAAACAUUCAACAUCCUUUAUCUUAGAUUUUAUCUCUAAGACACAAAAUUUAAAUCUACCUGCAUUAAGAAAUUGCCUUUUACCAGAAGAAUUUGAUGUAAAUGGAUUUUUCGAAACUGUAGAAUAACUAAAAAUGCAUGAAUCACCAGAAUUAUCCUUUCGAAAUAAAAAUAACAAUGCAGUUAGAUAAAGUAUUCAUGCUAAUAAUAAUAAUAAUAAUAAUAAUAAUAAUAAUAAUAAUAAUAAUAAUAAUAAUAAUAAUAAUAAUAAUAAUAAUAAUAAUAAUAAUAAUAAUAACAUUAGUUUAUCUAUUUCAGAAAUACCAAAAUAAAAUAAAAUCACAACUUUAUAAGAGUAGUUCAAUGCUUUUCUUGAAUCAAGUUAACCAUUUUCUGAUUCACAAUUAGGUAGUCCAUAUUUCACAGAUUUAGAUACAAUUGAUAAAUAAAGACCUUUUUCUAAAGAGAAACAAAGAAAUUAGAUGCCCUUGUAAAUAAAUGCUGCUAAAAGAAUCAAGCCAGAAAUUAAUUAGGCUCCUCAUUAUUUUUAAGCAUUCAAAUAAAAUGACAAUGAACCUACAGUUUUCGAUUCACUUAUGAAAGAGGGUCCCACAAAUAAAGACAGAUGUUCAUCAGUCCAUAGUCUCAAAUAUUUAGAUUAACAAAUAUAAAAGGAGCAAGACAAGUCAACAAAAAGAAAUAAAGAAAAUUAAUAAAUUAAUUAUUAAUUUGUGAUUGCUAAAUAUGAUUAUAAAGCCUAAAAAGUAUUUACAUAUUAUUAAAGUUUGAUAGGAUAUUGAUUUGAGUUUUAAGAAAGGAGAUUAAAUUAAAUUAUUAAAAAAGACAACAAAUGGAUGGUGGUAUGGAGAAGAUAAAAAUUAAGUUAAGGGUUAUUUUCCACAUAAUUUUGUUCAAUUAUUAGGAUGA